UGAACGUUGAUGACUCAAGUGAGGCUUCAUCGGCUUGUUCAGUCAAAUUUAGAUCCCGCGCGCGACGAGGAAGACCACCGUAUCCCUUUGCUCCUUCUAGGGUUUCCUCAAAUCGAUGCUCGAUGAUGCCCUAGUGUCCGAUUUCUCUGCCAGCGGGGCUGGAUCUCCAUAGAUCCUGGAGGUAAUGGAGUUCACAGAUGCGUACAAGCUGACAGGACCUUGCUGCUUCUCCCCAAAUUCCCGGUACCUCGCCGUCGCAGUCGACUAUCGCCUUGUCAUCCGCGAUGUUCACUCCCUCAAGGUUGUGCAAUUAUAUACUUGUGUUGACAAGAUAGGUUAUGUUGAAUGGGCGCUUGAUUCAGAGUACAUACUUUGUGGUCUUUAUAAGAGACCAAUGGUUCAGGCGUGGUCAUUGACACAGCCGGAAUGGACUUGUAAAAUUGACGAAGGUCCUGCUGGAAUUGCUUAUGCAAGAUGGAGCCCGGACAGUCGCCACAUUCUCACCACAUCUGAAUUUCAACUGAGAUUAACUGUUUGGUCGUUGGUAAACACUGCCUGUGUGCAUGUGCAGUGCCCAAAACAUGCUUCAAAAGGUGUUUCCUUUACCCAGGAUGGAAAGUUUGCUGCAGUUUGCACGAGAAGGGAUUGCAAAGACUAUGUGAAUCUUCUAUCAUGUCAUACAUGGGAAAUAAUGGGGGCUUUUACCGUUGACACUGUGGACCUGGCAGGCAUUGAGUGGUCUCCAGAUGAUAGUGCCAUUGUUGUUUGGGAUUCUCUUCUUGAAUAUAAGGUUCUGAUUUAUUCUCCUGAUGGGAGAUGCUUAUUUAAGUAUCAAGCAUAUGAAAGUGGAUUGGGUGUGAAAACAGUGGCUUGGUCUCCUUGUGGCCAAUUUCUAGCAGUGGGUAGUUAUGAUCAGGCAGUACGGGCAUUAAACCACCUUACUUGGAAGAACUUUGCUGAGUUCAUGCAUGUAUCCACCAUCCGAAGCUCUUGUGGGGCUGCAGUAUACAAGGAAGUUGAUGAGCCCUUUCAACUUGAUAUGUCUGGUUUGUGUUUGAAUGAUGACUUUCCUCACUGUAUGCAAGGCAACGGCCCUGAGAGUGCUGCUGAUGGAAACUCCAGAGUCAAGUACAAAUUAAUGGAUCUUCCAAUUAACUUGCCAUCCCAAAAGGCGGCAAUGGACAAGCCCAACCCUAAACAGGGAAUUGGUCUGUUGUCAUGGAGUAAUGACAGCCAGUAUCUCUUCACUCGCAGCGAUAACAUGCCUGCUGUUCUCUGGAUAUGGGAUAUUCGUCGUCUUGAGCUCACAGCAGUUUUGAUACAGAAAGAACCGAUCCGUGCAGCUGCCUGGGACCCAACCUGCCCCCGCGUUGUUUUGUGCACCGGGAGCUCCCAUCUGUAUAUGUGGAGCCCCUCUGGAUCAUGCUGCAUCAAUGUUCCGCUUCCAAAUUUUGCCAUCACUGAUCUGAAAUGGAAUUCAGAUGGAAGCUGUCUUCUCCUCAAGGACCGCGAGACCUUUUGUUGUGCUGCAGUGGUGCCCAUGCUGCCAGGCGACAUCACCGAUGAUGAUAGUUCUGAUGGGUAAAACAUGUUUAAUUUACCUAUGGUUGUAAUUUUUCUUUUUAGUUUUAAGUCAACUAUCAUCAGCAGAUAUCAUCUCCAAUCAUACUGUGUGCGAAUUGUUACAUAUAUUCCAAACAAUGUUGUAAUUUUGUGUUUAAAUUUCGAAAGCAAUAUGCCUGUUUAUUCACAGUUGCAGUGUAUGUAUGCCAAGUCUGAAAUUAUACAAAGACUGCAAUAUAAAACCUAGUCCAUGUGACUUUUUACAAACAAGAUAUAUAUUAAAAAGCUAAAAAAAGAAA